CAUCAUUUCAUUUAUCAUCUGACCACAAUAAGGCCUUAACGAACAAAACCAACAAUAAGAGGCAAACAAAAUAACAAACCACCACCUACCUAAAAGUCCCAAAAAACCCAUCAGAAAAAAAUUCGAAUCGGAAACCUCCUCCGAUCCGAUGGGUUUCACCACCACAGCCAACGACGGAGACUCCGAAUCAACCGUCCUCUUAACCACCACUUCAACUUCCCCAACCACCACCACCGCCGCCCCAAUCCCCAAAGACAAAUUCCACCUCGCCUACAUAAUCUACUUCACACUCGGCUGCGGCUACCUCCUCCCAUGGAACGCCUUCAUCACCGCCGUCGACUACUUCACCUACCUCUACCCCGACGCCAGCGUCGACCGCAUCUUCGCCGUCGCCUACAUGCUCGUCGGUCUAAUCUGCCUCUUCGUCAUCAUCCUCUACUCCAACAAGUCCCACGUCUUCGUUCGCAUCAACGCCGGCCUGGGCCUCUUCGUCGUCGCGCUCCUUAUCGUCCCCUUGCUGGACGUGUUCUACCUCCGGGGCCGGGUCGGGUUGUACGACGGGUUUUACGUCACGGUCGCGGCAAUGGGUCUCUGCGGCUUGGCCGAUGCGUUGGUCCAAGGUGGUGUCAUCGGCGCCGCCGGUGAAAUGCCUGAGCGUUACAUGCAAGCAGUUGUUGCUGGCACCGCCGCUUCAGGGGUCCUUGUUUCUGUUCUACGGAUCCUAACCAAAGCUGUAUACUCGCAAAAUGAAGAAGGCCUUAGAAGCAGUGCGAAUCUCUAUUUCUCUGUUAGUAUUGUGGUUAUGGCCAUAUGCAUUGUUUUUUACAAUGUAGCUCAUAAGCUUCCGGUUAUGAGGUACUACACUGACUUGAAGGUUCUAGCUGUGAAUGUGGAAAAAGAAGAGAAAGGUCCCCUGACUGGGCCUGUUUGGAGGGCCACCCUGUGGAACAUAGUAGGAAAUGUGAAGUGGUACGGAUUUGGCAUUGUUCUAAUCUACAUUGUGACUUUGUCAAUAUUUCCGGGAUAUAUCACAGAGGAUGUGCACUCUGAGCUUCUCAAGGAUUGGUACUCAAUCGUUCUCAUCACUGGUUACAAUGUGUUUGAUCUGAUUGGCAAGUGUCUCACUCCAGUAUAUUUCCUUAAAAAUGCAAAGGUCGCAAUUGGUGGAUGUGUUGCAAGAUUGUUGUUCUUUCCUCUUUUCUACGGCUGCUUGCAUGGUCCCGCAUUCUUCCGAACAGAGAUUCCGGUGACCAUCCUGACUUGCCUUUUGGGGCUUACAAAUGGAUACUUAACUAGCGUGUUGAUGAUUUUGGCUCCCAAAGUUGUCCCAUUACAACAUGCAGAGACUGCAGGGAUUGUGAUGGUAUUAUUCUUAGUUUUAGGUCUGGCCAUUGGUUCAAUUGUAUCUUGGUUUUGGGUAAUUUGAUAUUAAAGUAAUUCGGACGACAUUAAAAACUGUCUAAAGUUACCAUUGUUGCAAGCUCCCACAAUGGCGGUUGGAAAGGGUUGCCUUGAUGGUGUUUGCAUUCUGUAAAGCCCUUGUAAACUUGAUUGUUUAACAGUAUCUGUGACGAGUGUGGUUGUCCCAUGA